AUGGAGCCUCUCGCCAUUAUCGGUAUGGCCUCUCGGUUCCCCCAGGAGGGGGACAACAACGAGAACUUUUGGAAGAUGCUCAUGACUGGCCGAUCUGCCAUGACCCCAUUUCCAAAGAAUAGAUUUGACAUGGACGGGCAUUACCACCCAGAUGUUGAACACGGAGGAACGUUUCACGUGAAAGGCGGCCAUUUCAUGAAGGGCAAUCCUUCGGACUUUGAUAAUCAGUUCUUUUCAAUUCCCAAAGGCGAGGUGAUGUCUCUGGAUCCUCAGCAGCGUCUAAUUAUGGAGAAUGUUUACCAAGCUCUGGAGAAUGCUGGCAUUCCGAUGGAUCGAGCGGUAGGGUCGAAUACUUCAGUAUUCAGUAGUGGUUUUAAUCAUGACUAUCUUCAGCUGUUGAACAGCGAUCCAGAGAUUAAACUAAAGUAUAAGCCCAUGGGGACUAGUAAUUCAAUCAUUUCCGGCCGUGUCAGCUGGUUCUUCGACUUCAAAGGCCCAAGUCUUACUGUCGAUACGGCAUGCUCUAGUUCUAUGGUUGCCUUCCAUCUGGGGGCUCAAAGCUUAAGAAAUUACGAGUCUGAAAUGUCCGUCAUCUGUGGUGUUAAUGUAUUCACCUACCCCACAGAUUGGUUUGGCAUGGACCACCACGGAUUCCUCGCUGGUGAUGGAAAGUCUUACAGCUUCGAUCAUCGUGCCAGUGGGUACUCCCGAGGAGAGGGCGUUGGAACAAUUAUCCUAAAACGCCUUUCUACGGCUCUCCGAGAUGGAGACACUAUCAGAGCGGUUUGCUUAGCAAGCGGCCUGAAUCAAGAUGGACGAACACCCGGUAUCACGCUACCUAGCGGGCCCGCGCAGGAGCAAAUGAUACGUGAGGUAUACAAACGAGGAGGGUUAGACAUAGGAAAAACUGCCUAUGUGGAAGCCCAUGCUACGGGAACUGCAGCUGGAGAUCCAAUAGAAGCGCGAGCGAUUGCGAACACCUUCGGUACUGCUGAUCGAGAAUCGCCAUUAAUAGUAGGAGCUGUUAAAUCAGCCAUUGGGCACACAGAAGGAGCUUCAGGCCUAGCUGGCAUUAUCAAAUCUGUGAUGGUGCUGGAAUCAGGGAUGAUUCCUCCAAACGCAAACUUUGAGAAGGCGAACCCAAAAAUUCCCAUUGACAAAUGGAGAAUCAGGCUGCCACUGCAGCCUACACCAUGGCCCGCACCCGGUAUGAGACAGCUUUCUAUAAAUUCCUUCGGCUUCUCAGGUACAAACGGCCACGUUGUUCUUGUUGAUGCUCUUCAUUACUUAGAACAAAACAAAUUGUCUGGAUUUCACAAAACUUUACCUUAUCCGGAUACCGCUCACAACGGCCAUACUAAUGGCGAAAGCGCGAGCAAAAGCGCAACGAAUGGCCACACUCAAACCAACGGGCAUACCCACACCAACGGUGACUCUACAACAGCUCGUCCUCCAUUGGUUUUUGCAUUCUCAUCGUUUGAUGAGCAAGGUGUCCAAAGAAAUGCUAGUGCUUUGGCUAAUUAUCUGAAAGAUCUGCUUUCAGAUCCUCUAAGUAAUGCAAAGGAGUACAUGAAUGAUCUGGCAUAUACCUUGGCAGCAAAGCGUACUACUUUCCAGUGGCGGUCCUACUACCUUUCAAAUAGCUUGGGUGAUCUAGCUCAGAAGCUAGCCACAGAUUCAUCUCUUCUAAAGCCAGUCCGGACGAGGGGUGUUCCCAACAUUGGUUUUGUAUUUACUGGCCAAGGAGCUCAGUGGUACGCUAUGGGACGUGAGCUGUUAGUCUUUUCUACUUUCAAGGAAAGCCUAGAAAGCGCUUCUCGUUAUAUGCAGGAGCUGGGUAGUCCCUGGUCUCUAUAUGAGGAACUUCUCAAAGAUCAAGCUGAUUCUCAAAUCGACAAACCACAAUUGGCUCACCCGUCCUGCACUGCAAUUCAAGUUGCUCUUGUCGACUUACUCUCUUCUUGGAACUUGCGGCCUACACGCGUAGUCGGUCAUUCGUCCGGCGAAAUUGCAGCUGCGUACUGUUCAGGAAAGAUUUCAAGGCAGACAGCUUGGAAAGUGGCUUACUACCGAGGUUACGUCUCUGGUCGCGUUUCAAGCAGUGGAUCAAUGCUUGCAGUUGGUUUGCCAGCUGCAAGCUUAGAUGAGUAUCUUCAAAAGGUCAACUCUCAAUUGCCCGGUGAAUUAACUGUGGCUUGUUACAAUAGCCCCAAAAACCAUACUAUAUCCGGAGAUACGAUGAAAAUUGAUGAGCUGAAAAGGAUUCUUGACGAAAAAGAGAUUUUCGCCAGGAAACUUAAAGUCAAAACUGCGUAUCAUUCAUCGCAUAUGAAAGGUGUAGCAGGCGAAUAUUUGCGACUGUUAGGAGAUAUGGAAAAGCCAUCAGAUAUCCAAUUCUCUGCAGACAUGUAUUCAAGCGUCACUGGUAGUCGUAUCGAGGGCGAUCUUACAUCGCAAUAUUGGGUUGACAACCUGAUUUCACCCGUACGCUUCACAGAUGCAUUGCUCAAGAUGUCUUCAGAGAGCUCUUCCAAAAGCUCUAUGCGAGUCAACACGAGCAACAGUGCAAUUCAAGAAAUCGUCGAAGUUGGUCCUCAUUCAGCUCUCCGUAGCGCCAUCAAGGAAACUCUUACUAGCCAUUUCAAUGACAAUCAGCUCAUUGGAUAUCACGCGGUUCUAGAUCGCAACACCCCGGGUGUUGACACUCUUCUGACGUCUGUUGGAAACUUGUUCGCACGUGGCAGCGUGGUUGAUCUUAGCCUUGUGAACCAGGCAUCGCCAUCUCAUUCAAACAAGCAAUCGCCAACAAUGCUCGUUAAUUUGCCUCCUUACGUUUUUAACCAUAGUCAAAGUACGUGGUAUGAGAGUCGGCUGAGUCGUAACUAUCGCUUUCGCAAAUAUCCACGCCAUGAUCUAUUCGGGGCUCCAGUUCCCGAUUGGAAUCCAGAAGAGCCAGUUUGGCGCAACUUUGUACGAAUCUCUGAGCAGCCUUGGUUAAGAGACCAUGUGGUCACAGGCAGUAUUGUCUACCCUGGCGUGGGAUAUAUUAUUAUGGCUAUUGAAGCUUCGAAACAAAUCGCUUCGCCGGAUCUUAAGCUACUCGGGUUUCACCUCAAAGAUAUUUCAAUCAAAAGUGCUCUUAUUGUUCCCGAUAAUAAAGAAGGGGUCGAAGUUAAAUUUUCCAUGGUCGGCAUGGAUGAAUCCAGUCUCGAAAAAUCCAAAUCGUGGAGAAAGUUUACUGUAACAAGCUAUAACAGCAUAGCAGAUGACUGGGUAGAGCAUUGCACGGGCUAUAUCCAGACUCAGUACGAAUUCUUGCCUGGCCCGAUCGAUGAGGGACUUGAAGAAGCUUCAGAAGUCCAGGCCUCUAAGAAGAUGCUUCAAGACAGCAUUGCACGAUGCACUACACCUACAAGCAUCAACUAUGAUAACCUAGAUACCAUUGGGCUACACUUUGGACCUCUGUUUCAGAAUUUGUCUGAAGUUGUUGUAAACAAGGGUCAAGGUGAGGUGUCUUCAUUUAUCACUGUUCCAGACGUCGCCAAAAUUAUGCCCAAGAAUUUCGUUCAUCCCCAUAUGAUUCAUCCAUCUACAAUGGACAGCAUGAUGCAUCUCUUCAUUGCUGGCGUUCUUGAUAUAACCGACAAAACUACCUUGGAGUCUCCUAUGGUUCCAACCUUCAUCAAGGAAGUCCGUAUCUCUGCCAAGACAGAAAGCACUGCAGGCCACAAAUUCAGAGGAUUUGGAGUCUCAAAAUUCACCGGAUUCCAAAAAUUCCAUAGCGAUAUCACAAUUUGGGACGAGAAGACGAAUGAAGAAAGAAUUGCUGUCAGAGGCUGGUCUGGUAAAUCUCUAGGGUCAGAAAUAUCUGCAGCCGAGGCCAAAAAGAUGUGUCACGUUGUAGAAUGGAUGCCAGAUCUCAAUUUGGUUAAACAGCCCAAGCUCAAGGCAGCGCUUGCUUCAGAUCAAGAGAACGAGGAAUAUCGACAAAAUAUCAGAAAGCUGCAACUGGCCUCGAUUUUAUUCGUAACUCUGGCUCUGGAAGACCUGAAAGGCUACCCGAUCAGCAAUUAUGAAGGUCAUUUCAAAAAUUAUUACGAGUGGUGCGUUAAAGUUCGGGACGACUUACACCAAAAUUUGUUGCCUCACCUCGACUUUGACGAAUGGAAGCAAUAUAUGGACAAUGAGCCGCUAAGAGAAAAGCUUUUUGGCGACAUUAUGAAUAGCGCAGAUGGCAGACUCUUGGUUAGAAUGGGGAAAAAUUUGGCGCCUGUUAUGAAGAAGGAAGUCGAUCCUCUACAAUUGAUGUUCGGUCAAGAUAAUAUUCUCGAUGAACUAUACAGGAACAUGGUUGAGUCAGGAAACUUACCUAAUCUUUUGGCAGCUUAUCUUGAAAUUGUCCAUCAUAACAACGUCAAUCUCAAUAUUAUGGAAAUUGGAGCUGGCACUGGUUCACUCUCUGCCCCAGUUUUGGAGGCUUUAGGUCCAGCUGCUGCCAAUGAAGAGAGACUGCUCAAUGACUCAUCCAUUGCGAAGUACACUUAUACUGACGUAUCAUCAGCAUUCUUUGAGAAGGCCAAAGACAAGUUUAAGAGAUGGAGAAACCUUAUGGAGUUUCGAACUUUCAACAUCGAAUCAGACGCGAUUGAACAAGGAUUUGAAAAAGGCACAUAUGAUUACAUUUUUGCUGGAAAUGUCAUCCAUGCUACUGCUGAUCUCGAGAAAGUCUUAUCAAACUUGCGGUCAUUACUAAAGCCAGGCGGUAAACUCAUAAUGCACGAAGGCAUUCGGCAAGAUCUUCUUUGGCUUCCGCUUUCCUUUGGCCAACUGAAGGGUUGGUGGCUAAGCAUAGAGCCAAACCGUAAAUGGUGCCCGUCUAUAUCCGAGACCGAGUGGGAUGCCGUGCUUCGUAAAGCAGGCUUCACAGGAAUAGCAACCGUUCUCCAAGACCGCGAAGUGGCCGAUAUUCGUGGACAAAGCAUUAUGGUUGCUGAAAAUAACGAGGAUAUUGGAUUGCAAGAUGCCAAUAGAAAGAUUCAUAUUAUAUCUUCAGCGGCGACCCAGAACCUGGCAUCCGCUUUACAGUCCAGGAUUAUCAAGGACUUCGGGUACAAGAAUUGUUCAAUCGUCAGCCUUUCAGAUUUGUCAGACGUUGAACUUAUCUAUGACAUAUGCAUUUCACUCAUUGACUUAGAAAGCCCUAUUCUCUCUCAGCUUACAGAGGAGCUAUACAACGACUUGAAUCAUACCAUUGCUACAAGCGACGGUGUUCUUUGGGUUUCAGGAGAUUUCGAGAAAGACCCUUCUCAGUAUAUGACUACAGGCCUCAUCAGAACGGUUAGAUGGGAGCGUGAUCUGGACGCUCCCAAUCUGGUCACUUUAGCGGUAGCAGAUCCUCGACAUGAAGAUGAUCAACUUCUAGAGUCAAUUCUUUCAGUAUUCAAGCAUCAAUAUGUGGACAGCAUCGACGAUGAAAGCAAGAACGCUGAAUACUUUUUGAAAGCUAAUCAUUUGCUCACAAAUCGCCUCAUUGACGCUCAAAGUGUCAAUAGCUUCAUUCAUUCCAAUUUCGCGGAGGCGGACCCUAAACAAGGGCCGCUUGGGGAAGCUGGGCGACCAAUUAUGCUGGACACUUCUUCACCAGGAUCGUUGAGCGCUCUGCAUUUUGCUACAGAUCCAGUUUGGGCCCGCCCACUUUCUGAAAACGAAGUGGAAGUGGAAAUCCACGCUGUUGGACUCAAUUUCCGAGACGUAUUAAUUGCCAUGGGCGAGCACGUCGCAGCCUGUCUUGGAAACGAAGCAGCUGGCUAUGUGUCCCGUAUUGGCUCCAAAGUCACUAACGUUCAGGUAGGCGACAGGGUAGUUUACAUGAAUGGACUUGUUGAUGGAGGAUGUCUCAAGACAUUUGGAAGGCAAGUUGCAGAUGCCGUGGUUAAACUCCCAGACUCUGUGAGCUUCGAAGACGCUGCUAGUCUCCCCUGCGUGUACUCUACGGCGCUCCAUGGACUUUAUGACAUUGCUCGUUUAUCUGAAGGAGAGUCUAUUCUCAUUCAUGCUGCGGCUGGUGGUGUUGGACAGGCCGCUAUCCAGCUAGCAAAUCUCGUCGGAGCAGAAAUUUUCGCGACAGUAUCUACUCCUGAAAAGCGAGAUCUUCUCAUCAACGAAUAUGGUGUAAAGAAAGAUCACAUCUUUUCGAGUCGUGAUCUAUCUUUUGUGAAGGGAGUUAUGCGCAUGACGAAUAAUCGUGGCAUAGAUGUUGUCCUAAAUUCACUGUCUGGCGAUGCCUUGCGUGCUUCCUGGGAUGUCUUGGCGCCAUUCGGGCGAUUCAUUGAGAUUGGCAAAAAGGAUGCUCAGUCAAACGGAAGAAUUGAUCUUAGCCCAUUGUUGCGCCAAACGGUAAUGGCUAGUGUCGAUUUAACAACCAUUAUGAACUACAAACCCAAGAAGCUCGGGCAACUCAUCACCGAAACAGUGCGACUCUUUGCCGAUGGCAAAAUAAGUGUAGCGAAACCCACCAGGGUUAUGGACUACACACAAAUUGAAGAAGCUUUCCGAUCUCUGCAGUCUGGCAAAAGCAUGGGGAAGACUGUUUUCAAGCCUAACCUAACCGAUAUUGUUCCCAUCAUGCCCGAGAAACCGUCGCCGUUGCAAUUUAAUGAGAAUGCAUCAUACGUCCUGGCCGGAGGUCUCGGAGGCUUAGGAAGAAGCAUAGCUCGGUGGAUGGUAUCACGCGGAGCAAAGCAUCUAAUAUUUAUUUCAAGAUCAGGAGCAACAAGUGAAUCAGCAAAAGAGCUUGUGAAAGAGUUGGAGGCGACUGGCUGCAACGUCCAUGUCUUCGCUUGCGAUGUUAGCGAUGAAUCUGCGUUAUCGGCCGUUGUUGACGCAUGCAAAGCCAAGUUUCCCCCAAUUAAGGGAUGUGUUCAAGGAUCUAUGGUGCUCAAGGACUCAAUGUUCGAAAAUAUGAUAUACGAAAAUUUUGAUGCCGCAUUGAAGCCAAAGGUUCAGGGUUCAUGGAAUCUUCACAAAUUAUUGCCCACUACCAUGGAUUUCUUCCUUCUUCUCUCUUCUACUACAGGAAUUGUGGGCAACCGUAGCCAGGCCAAUUAUGCCGCCGGUAAUACUUAUCAGGAUGCUUUGGCGGUACACAGGCAUUCCCUGGGUCUCCCCGCAACCAGUGUCGACUUGGGGAGCAUUCUUUCCGUCGGUUAUGUAGCUGAGAACAAGAGCCGCCUCAAAGCCAUCACGAAUAUUACAACAGUUCUCGAAUCCCUUCGCGAAGACGAGAUCCACUUGAUAUUCGAAUAUCACCUCGAUAACAGACAUCUUGCAGCGAGCCAAGUAGUGUCUGGUUUGACGAAUGCUGCGUUGUAUAAGCAGCGUCGCAUGCCUGUACCCAGCUAUCUCAACUUCCCUCUGUUUAGACACCUCCAAAGCGAAACAGUCACCAAUAGCGAUUUUACUGAAGACGAUCCUAUCCUUUUGAUCCCCGUUCAGCUAGCUGCAGCGAUAACAGUUGAAGAAGCCACUACCAUUGUCUCCAACGGGGUCCGGCUGAAACUUUCCAAACUCCUCUCAAUGGCGGCUGAUGACAUUGACCCAGGUAAAUCGAUUAGCUCUAAUGGAGUCGAUUCUUUAGUCGCUACCGAGUUUAGGACUUGGCUGGCCAAGACCUUGAAAGUAGACAUGCCUAUGCUGGAUAUCAUGGGAACGGGUAGCAUUCUCACUAUUAGUGAAAAAGCUGCAAGCUUGAGCAAGUUGGUCCAGUUUGCCAGCAGCAGUUAGUUUCAGUGUGUACAGGUAUAUUAUUUAUAUAUAGUAUAAUUACACAAAAU